AUGGAAAGACUGCAGAAGCAACCACUGACCUCCCCAGGGAGCGUCUGCUCUUCCCGCGGGUCCAGUGUCCCCGGGUCGCCCUCCAGCAUCGUGGCCAAAAUGGACAACGAGGUCCUGGGGUACAAGGACUUGGCGGCCAUCCCCAAGGACAAAGCGAUCCUGGACAUCGAGCGCCCCGAUUUGAUGAUCUACGAACCCCAUUUCACCUACUCGCUCAUGGAGCACGUGGAGCUGCCCCGCAGCCGAGAGCGGUCCCUGUCUCCCAAAUCCAUCUCUCCUCCUCCAUCUCCAGAGGUGAUUCGGGAGUGGAUGGAGAACCGGACCCCCAGCAGUGCCCCACAGCCCCCCUCUCGCCAAGGCAGCAGCUCUGCCCGCAGCAGCGUGCAGCACUUCCACCGACCUGAGACCGACACGACGGAGCUCAACAUAUACAAAAAGCCCCCGAUCUACAGGCAGAAAGGUGAGGGGGUGGGUGUCUGUCCCCAUGGGAAGCAUCUCAUAGAGGACUUGAUCAUCGAAUCCUCCAAAUUCCCGGCGGCACAGCCCCCAGACCCCAACCAACCGGCCAAGAUCGAGACUGACUACUGGCCAUGCCCCCCAUCCCUGGCUGUCGUGGAGACAGAGUGGAGGAGGCGGAUGGCGUCCAAGAGAGGUGAGGAGGAGGAGGAGGACAUUUCGGAGGAGAUGAAGAACCUGCGGGAGCUCCAGAGGCAGGAGCUGAGCAAGAUCACCUCCAAUCUGGGGAAGUUGAUCCUGAAGGAGGAGAUGGAGAAAUCGCUCCCCAUUCGGAGGAAAACCCGCUCGCUGCCGGACCGGACGCCCUUCCACACAUCCCUGCACAUUGGGAGCUACAAGAGCUCCUCACUGCCUGCCUCCGGCCGGAGCACCCUCACCAGGCUGCAGUCGGCAGAGUUCAACUCAGCGGGCAGUGAGAAGAGCAGCCCGGGUGAGCAUCAGCCCACGGCAUGGGGGAACGGCCAACGUGGGCGCAUGGACAGAGGCAAUUCCCUGCCCAGCAUGCUGGAGCAAAAGCCCGAGGAUUUCCUGCGGGUCUUCGAGAUGCCCCCCGAGGAUUUUGGCAAGCUGGCCCUCUGGAAACGCAACGAGCUGAAGAAGAAAGCCUUCCUCUUCUGA